UCAGUUAUUCGGAUUUGUUUCCAUGAACGACGUCUCCAAUACAUGGAGAAGGAACAGAUGGACGCAUGGCAGAAAGCGAGACCAGGUGAUCGCAUCUUGGAAGUGGACAUUCCUCUAUCAUAUGGUGCCUUCGAUAUCACCCAACCGUCCAGUGCCUUAAAUGUGGUCAGUUUUGUUUGGGAUCCCACCAAAGAAGUUGGUGUUUAUAUUAAGGUAAAUUGCAUCAGCACUGAAUUCACUCCGAAAAAACACGGUGGCGAGAAAGGAGUGCCGUUUCGCAUCCAAGUGGAAACUUACCAAAAUGGAGACGCCCUCACCGCCAAUAAGCGUCUGCAUGCUGCAGCGUGCCAAAUCAAAGUUUUCAAACUGAAAGGGGCGGACAGAAAACACAAGCAAGACAGGGAUAAAAUCAUGAAGCGGCCAAUGGCUGAACAGGAAAAGUACCAACCGAGUUUCGAAUGCACCGUACUAAACGAUAUUCCGAAUGAAGCUGUGCUACAAGCGCCCACACUUGCCACCUUUGUGCCAUUUUCCACUGCAGAAAGUGGUCCAGAGUUCCUAAAAGUUCCACAACACUCGCCAAGCAAUGAAAAUUCCCAUAACAAUCAACAGUCCCUCGUUCCUCAACGGAACCUCAACAGUGCUCCGCAAAGUCCGGAAAAACGCGACGAAUCAUCCAACCAUGAUAGUAUAGGAAAUGAUAAUUACAACAGCAACCAACUGACGCAAUUCUCCAACACUGAUGAGACCGUUCAUUGGCUCACGAUUAAUCGUUUCGAUAAAUAUUUGGAUAUUUUCGCCAAAUUUUCCGGAUCGGACAUGCUUCGCAUGUCCAAGGAGGAUUUCAUCCAAAUAUGCGGCCAAGCGGACGGGAUCCGGCUCUAUAAUGCCCUGCACUUGAAGACAAUAGCACCGAAACUGAAACUCUACAUUUGUCGCGAGAAUAUGGCCGUAUUCAAUGCGAUAUUCCUCUCCUCACACAACCACAUGGAGCUGGUGCAAAAGCUCUGCACGAUGGUCUCAAUCAACAUCGACCAAGUGAAAUCCGUCUACAUUGAGGGGCCUCAUUCGAUCCACAUUCAAUUGAGCGACGACGUGCUGCGGCAUGUCGAAGAAGAGGCCAUGUUCUCGUUGACCAUUAUUCAGGAUAAUGGGUCGCAUAUUCUGAUGCUCAAGAGGCGGAUGAAUAAUUAGCGUCUGCAUGGUUCAGAAGUUGAAAGCAGUACAAAUUUGAGGAGUAAUUAGGUUCUAAUCGUCUAUUGAUGGGGAUGCGCCAAAUCAGUAACUAUCAGUGGAAAAUUAUCAUUCGAUUCCUAAUGGAUGGUUAUAAUUAGCGGUCGAAUGAUGAAAUUGCACUUCUUGGAUGGAGAAGCGAGUUGAAAAGGGGACGCUUCAGAAACGAGUGCUCGGAGUGUUUAAUAUUGUAUCUAUAUUCUAUGAUUGCUUACUGGUUAAAAUGCUUUAGUUAUUUUAGCGCAAGAAAGGCAUUAAAUGAGCCUAUUAGUCGAAACUACGGAUGGGACAUCGAUCCUAUAACAUCGAUGGUAGCCAUCGAUGUUAGGGAAACAUCGAAGGCAGAACAUCGAUAUGUGACAACAUCGAUGUUCUGAUAGUUUGCCGUUGCAUAAACAUUUCAAAAUAAUCGACUAAAUUUAUUCAACUUAUAGUUGCCACAUUUUUCGGUCAACCGACUGCAAAAAAAUACUUUUUUCGGGUGCAGCUGGAAAUGGGCCGCUAUUGGUAUCGUUUGUAUUGGCACUAAGAGUUCGCAGAAAAUGUUUCUAUCUAGUAUCACCAUCAAAUGUCCGAUGUUUUCAUUUCAGGAUCUAACAUCGAUGUUUUAUCGAUGUCCCAAAUUUCCAACAUCGAUGUUAAAAAUAUCGAACAUCGAUGUUUUUCUCCCAUCCCUCUCUAAACCAUACUGCUAAGGUAAGGCUUAACAGAUGAAACUCAGGUAACUGUUGGGUGAAUUGUCGCCCAAAGUGCUUCCAUGUGUAACUUCUAUUUAUUGAAUCAUAGCUUAGUGGUUGCAUGAUAAUAGAAUAAUUCGCAAUUAAUGCCGCCACCGAAGUGUCUUUGUUGGACGAUAAGCAACGAGAAUCAGCCUUCUAUACACGGCUCAAUAAAAAAUGUGUAUACAGUGAUUCCACUAUGGAAAUUCUGCUUAUUAUUUGAGGACAAGCAAAGGAACAAUGGAUCAGUUUAUCUGUUUUUGUUUAUAUUUAUUUUGACGAUUAUAAGCAGAAAACUAACUAAAAGUCCCAUGAUUGGGCGAAAUACAGGCAAAAAUCGCCAAUCGACGAUGACCUAUUUUUAGGUAUGUUUAAGAAACUUUAUCGCUUGUCCAUAUUGAUAGUGCAAUAGCGGAUUGUUAUAUAUAUUUGUAAUUGUAUAUUUAAAUCCAAAGUGUAUUUUUGCCUUUCUCCUUUUUAGAGGAUUAGACCUUCGCGGCCAUUGAAACUGAUUCGUUUUUCGGUCCAGUUUCAAAUAGUUCAUUGUUGAAAAUAGUGUUGAUUUUAAGAGCAGAAGACGAAAAUCCAAGAAAAUUUUUUACGUUAAAAUGGCACUUUGUCAAGAUGAAAAUUCGUGCUGUUUUUAGUUGAUUAAAUUCAUUUUUGUUGUCGAGAGUUUUAAAAAUACGUUAUUUAGAAUGUAUGUAGAGAUGAUCCUGUUAAGAUAAGGUAAGCACGUUUUUUGCUGCACAACUGUACGUGCUCCAAGAGAAAAUUCAAUUUACCAUAAACCUGUUGUUACAUAUCAUUUAUUAAUAAUCUGAUGCUUGGAGUGUUUGAAGAAAAUUAUUAUUUAAUGUGUAGACAUUUUUUUAACGGUGUUAUUACAGUUGAUGUUUCAUGAAAUGCAUGUAUUCUUAUAAGAAAUAUAUUAAUAAAUAUCUGAA